AAACUCCAUCCCACGACCCUUUCCCUCAACCCACUCGACUUCUCUCUCUCUCUCUCUCUCUCUCUCUCUAUAUCUCAAGAUUCUCAACUUCUCUCUCUUAUAUAUAUAGUUUGAGAACACUCUCCCUCUCUCUCUAUCUAUUAGCAGUUUACAGUUGUGGGAACUAAAGAAUCAAUCGCCAUGGCUGAUGAAGUUCAAAAGCAACCCCAAGAGACAUUGGCAUUAGUCGAAGAAGAAGAGGUGGUGGUCACUGAUGUUCCACAGUCUGAGAAAGCUGCCGCCACUGUAGAGAAAGAGCAACCUCAUGUGCCAGAGGCUGAGGAGCCGAAGCCCAAUCCCGUUGAGGAGGAGCCUGCGGCAGAAGGGACUGAGUUGCCGAAACCGGGUGACACCGAUGCGAAGAUCCCUCAAUCGGGUUCCUUCAAAGAAGAGAGCACCAGAGUUGCUGACCUUCCCGACAUCGAGAAGAAAGCACUUGAAGAGCUUAAGCAGCUUAUCCAAGAUGCUCUCAACAAGCAUGAAUUCACUACUCUGACUUCAUCUCCACCGCCACCACCCCCCAAAGAAGAAGAAAAGCCAGCGGCUGUAGAGGAAAAGGAGGAUCAGAAGCCUGCUGAAGAAAAGCCAGCCGAAGUGGCCGCUGAUGUUCCUCCAAUGGCAUCGGAAGAACCCGCAAAGCCAGAAUCAGAAACUCCAGAAGAAACCAAGGAAGGAGCAGAGAAGAAGGCGGAACCGGAGAAUGAAGAAACAGUUGCAGAACAAGUAACAGAAACGGUAGUGGCAACGGAGGUCAUUGAAAAGAAGGCUGCCGCUGAUGCCGUAGAUGAUGAUGGUGCAAAGACUGUGGAAGCCAUAGAAGAGACCAUUGUGGCGGUCUCUUCUUCAGUUCAACAGGAGCAGCCUCAUCCACCUCCAGCAAACAACGCGGAGGAUCAGAAGGCUGCUGCACCAUCGGAGGCGGAAGAAAAAGAUGCCAAAGCUGAGGAUUCGGCUCCUCUGCCUCCGGACGAAGUAUCCAUCUGGGGGAUCCCACUCCUCGCCGAUGAGAGAAGCGAUGUCAUUCUCUUGAAAUUUCUCCGAGCAAGAGAUUUCAAGGUGAAAGAUGCAUUCACCAUGAUCAAGAACACGGUGCGCUGGAGGAAAGAGUUUGGGAUCGAAGAGUUGCUAGAAGAAGACCUGGGUAAUGAUUUAGAGAAGGUGGUGUUCAUGCACGGCUUUGAUAAGGAAGGACACCCUGUGUGCUACAAUGUCUACGGGGAAUUCCAGAACAAGGAGCUUUACCAGAAAACAUUUUCUGAUGAAGAGAAGAGACAGAAGUUCUUGAGGUGGAGGAUUCAAUUCCUGGAAAGGAGUAUCCGGAAGUUGGAUUUCAACCCUGGUGGUAUUUGCACUAUUGUUCAGGUCAAUGAUUUGAAGAAUUCUCCAGGACCUGGAAAGCGGGAGCUUAGACAAGCAACAAAACAGGCCCUACACCUGCUCCAAGAUAAUUAUCCUGAAUUUGUAGCCAAACAGGUGUUUAUCAAUGUCCCUUGGUGGUACCUGGCGGUCAAUAGAAUGAUAAGCCCAUUCCUAACCCAGAGAACCAAAAGCAAAUUUGUGUUUGCUGGCCCUUCUAAGUCUGUAGGGACCCUUUUGGGGUACAUAGCUGCAGAGCAGGUACCAGUCAAAUAUGGAGGACUGAGCAAAGAUGGUGAAUUUGGCACAACAGAUGCUGUAAAUGAGAUAACUGUUAGGCCUGCAGCAAAACACAUCGUGGAAUUUCCAGUUACUGAGUCCUGCCUUCUUGCUUGGGAAGUCCGAGUAGUGGGAUGGGAGGUGAGCUACGGUGCAGAAUUUGUGCCAAGCGCUGAAGAGAAUUACACUGUGAUCAUUCAGAAGGCUAGGAAGGUGGCCUCAUCUGAAGAACCAGUUGUUUGCAACAGUUUCAAGAUUGGUGAACCUGGCAAGGUGGUACUCACCAUUGAUAAUCCUACCUCCAAGAAGAAAAAGCUCCUUUACCGUUUGAAGAUCAAGCCUUCUUCUGAUUGAAUGAUUUCUUUUAAGAGGAAAUGGGAAAAGAAA